UGUAAAAUUAGAAACAAUCUUUUUGUUAGAUUUUGAUGGCAAAAGGAGAUGAUUCAGUGAGAAGAAAGAAAAACAAAGUACAAAGAAAGAAGCUAAAUAGGAAAAAUGAUUCUUCAACUGUCACGGCUCGAAUUGCUUCCAUUAUCGCCGCCAAAAAGCGCCGAAAAUCCGGUAAACGCAGCAUGUGCCAGGGGAUGUGUUUUAGCCUUCCUACUCCUGAUGAUCCCUUCAACGAUAGACUUGAUAAGAAGGAUGUCAGUAAAAGGGAAACCAUCAAAACCAUGCCUUCAAAAUGGGAUCUGAAACCAGAUAUAAAGAAGGUGGGUGUCCAUAGUAAUCGGAAACUAGCCUGUGAAAGUUCUGAUUGUCCAUCGAAGUAUCUUAUACUCUGCCUGGAAACAGUAGAGGUUUCAUUGUAUCCUGAUGGUACCUGCAAUGGAGAAGAGGGAAAGCGUCUGUUUGUAAACCCAUGGGGUAUUGAGUUCUGGAAAUGUUAUUAUGCUGGAAAGGAUAUACUUGAGACAAGUGGACCACCUUCUGAUUUUGAGCAAAUUGCAUGGAUAGCUUCAACUGCUGCUGAUAGUAUUUCUAGGAGAGAGAAAGAAGGUCACUUAUUCACUGGCCCUGCCCUUCUUUUCAUUGUACCAUCCAAAGAAAAAGCUCUCAAGGUACGUUCACUCUGCAAGCCCCUGAAAGCUGUAGGCAUACAUACAGUGAGUUUACACCCAGGUGCUUCCAUAAAACAUCAGAUCAGUGGUCUGCUGAGUUCUGAACCUGAGUUUCUUGUGUCAACACCGAGACUCUUGGAGCUAGUUUCCUUGAAGGCCAUAGAUAUAUCUGGGGUCUCCAUGCUGGUUAUUGAUGGUAUGGAGUCUACUUCUGGCGGUUGUUAUCUUGAUGCGGUAAAGUCCAUCAAACAGGCUAUUUCAGGAAAACCCCAUACCACAGUAUUCUUUAAUGCCUUCUGUAAUACUUCUGUUCCUGCUGUGCAAAAUCUACUGAAUGGAUCAGUCUAUAGAUUAUCACUCAAUGGUUCUGUCGUCAGUCAAAGCGCUUGCAUCAUCCAGUCUAUACAUUUGUGCUCCUCAAAGGAAGAAAAGAUAAUUAAGGGUAUUCAUGCUUUGGAUAAUGCAUGUUGCAAUCAAAUAAUACCACAACCUUUGAAGGUGCUGUACAUAGUUGGAAAAAAUAAUAACGUUCAAAAGUUAGUGUCAGCUAUCAAAUUCAAGGGAUAUUCCAUCUCAACCACCUCCUGCUCGAAUAUUAUGGAAUCUGAAAACAGUCUUGAUUGUGGCAACCAAAUGAGACCUGCAGUCUCCAUUAUUGAUACUGAACACAUCAGUUCUGCAGAUUUGGGAGAGUAUGAUGUUGUAAUAGUUCCAGAUUUUGUACCAUCAGUUAAUGAUUAUGUUCAAAUUCUCACAAGGAUGGCAAGGCACACAGUCAAUGGUAUGUUGCAUAGCUUUUUAACUAAAGAUGAUGCACGGCAUGCCGGUUCAUUGAUCAGAAUCCUUGAACAAUGUGGGCAGACAGUACCAGAAGAGCUAAGAAACUUGUGAUUUUACCGAUCACGUUAGCAUAUUCGAAAAUUAAGUCUUGGUUCUUUCAAGACCCUCCAAUCUCUUUGCAGGAAAUGUUGUAAGGUGAACUGGUCAUUCUUUUACAUUUAGCGUGCACGUUUUGC